UGAAACCCCGUCUGAAAGCCUCCACGUAGGUUUUUUCUAAACGGAGCACUUCCUCAAAUUGCUAAUAUAUAAAGCAGAGCUCGGCUGACCCAGUUUCACACAGCGGUUUACAGCGUUUCUAAACAGAGCUCCUCAGAAUCUCCACAAACGCACUUUAAGAAUGAAUGUGUGUGAGGGAGUGCUGUUGAUGUUGCUGGGGUCUGCACUGACCCUCGCCUUUGACCCCACCUCUCUGGACUCUGAAUGGGAGAAAUGGAAAGUCACUCACAGGAAGGAGUACAAUGGCCUGGGUGAAGAGGAUAUUCGCAGGGCUAUCUGGGAGAAGAAUACAAGACUGAUAGAGGCCCAUAAUCAGGAGUAUGAGCUGGGCAUUCACUCUUAUGAGCUUGGCAUGAACCACCUCGGAGACAUGACAGUAGAAGAGGUGGCUGAGAAGAUGUUGGGCCUUCAGAUGCCAAUGGACAGUGACGACACAAACACCUAUGUUCCCGAUGAAUACGAGAAACUGCCUAAAUCCAUUGAUUAUCGCAAACUUGGCUACGUCAGUCCUGUUAGAAACCAGGGCUCAUGUGGCUCCUGCUGGGCCUUCAGCUCAGUUGGUGCUUUGGAAGGGCAGCUGAUGAAGACCACAGGCCAGCUGGUGGAGCUUAGCCCUCAGAACCUGGUGGACUGCGUGAAGGAGAAUGACGGCUGUGGUGGUGGAUACAUGACCAAUGCCUUUAAUUACGUCAAGACCAACAAAGGCAUUGAUUCUGAGGAGGCCUAUCCAUACGUUGGAGAGGACCAGCAGUGUGCUUACAACAAGUCUGGGAAGGCAGCAGCUUGCCGGGGGUUUAAGGAAGUGAAAAAAGGCAGUGAAGGUGCUCUCACAUCUGCGCUGGCUAAGGUUGGUCCAGUUUCAGUGGGCAUCGAUGCCAUGCAGUCUACCUUCCAGUUUUACAAGCGUGGUGUGUAUUACGACCCCAACUGCGACAAGGAAAACAUCAACCAUGCAGUGCUGGCUGUAGGGUAUGGUGUCACACCGAAGGGCAAAAAGUACUGGAUUGUCAAAAACAGCUGGGGUGAGGAAUGGGGAAAGCAGGGUUACGUCCUGAUGGCCCGCAACCGCAACAACGCCUGCGGUAUUGCCAACCUCGCAAGUUUUCCAGUUAUGUAACACUUUCCAAUCAUGUCUGCUGAAUGCUGAAAAGGAACCAUGGACCAAAGACCAAACGCCAGACACUAAACAAGAAACUAAAGGGACUGAGUCACGUAACAUUCCUCAAUGCACUGUUGUUGGUUUUGAGUACAUAUGACAAUAACUGUCUGUCUGUUUCAUUAAUACAUAAUUAUAUCUGUAAAGUUGUUUCUGUGCUUUGUGCAAUAUGUUACAUUUGACAAAUUGUUUUACUUUUGUUCAUUUUUUCUGUAAGAAAACUCAUUCCUCUGGUAGGGAUUUAAGUUGUUGUCAUGGUGUUUUGUCAUGCACUGUUUAACAAAGGGAAUUUUUGACAAAAAUGAAAUACAUUUUCUGGAAAACA